UGUUGGAGGUUCCAUUUCUCCUUCAUUUUGGUGUUCCUCUUUAUUCCUACAGAGAGGGUAAGCAAGAGAGAGGAAGAACAGGAGCAGACAAGCAAAGGUGAAGAAGAGCAAAAGUGGAGGAGGGAAUCGGUUGCUUUGGAAAGUGCUGACAUUCCUGAAGUUCCAGUCAAAGAAGAAAGUGGUGAAGGGAAUUUAUCUCUAUCUCCGCAAAUCUCAACUGGUAGAUCAAAACAGAGCAGGCAUCAAAGAACGCAAAACCGGGAGAAACAAUUUCAGUGGUCAGAGGGUAGAAAGAAUGUCAAACAUGGCUCAAGCCUUGCUUUCCAUAGACGUAGCCACUCUGGGGGAAAACGUUUUAAGUGCUCAGAGUGUGGAAAAAAUUUCAGUCACAACUCCACUCUCGCUUCUCAUCAGAGAAUCCACACUGGGGAGAAACCAUAUAAAUGCACAGAAUGUGGAAAGAGUUUCAGUCACAGUUCAAGUUUUAAUUCUCAUCAAAGAAUCCACACAGGCGAGAAACCAUAUACUUGUUCCGAAUGUGGGAUAAGCUUCAGUCAUAGCUCAAGUCUUACAACCCAUGAAAGACUCCACACAGCAGAGAAACCAUACACAUGCUCUCAGUGUGGCAAAAGUUUCAUUCACAGCUCGGGUCUUGCUUACCAUCAAAGAACCCACACAGGGGAGAAGCCAUAUAAAUGUUCAGAGUGUGGAAAAAGUUUCAGUCGCAGCACAAAUCUUACUUCCCAUCAAAGAAUCCACACAGGAGAAAAACCAUACAAAUGCUUAGAAUGUGGAAAGAGCUUUAAAGUGAGCUCAAACCUUACCUCCCAUCAAAGAAUUCAUACAGGAGAAAAACCGUAUACAUGUGCCGAGUGUGGAAAGAGCUUCAGACAUAGCUCAAACUUUGCUUCCCAUCAAAAAAUCCACACAGGAGACAAACCUUAUAAAUGUUCAGAAUGUGGAAUGAGCUUCAAUCAAAGUGCAAGCCUUACAUCCCAUGUGAGAACACACACGGGGGAGAAACCAUAUAAAUGCUUAGAGUGCGGAAAGAGCUUUAGUCAUAGUACGAAUCUAACUUCCCAUCAAAGAAUUCAUACAGGAGAAAAACCAUAUAAAUGUUCAGUAUGUGGGAUGAGCUUCCGUCAGAGUGCACGCCUUACUUCCCAUCAAAGAAUCCACACAGGUGAAAAACCAUACAAAUGCUCAGUGUGUGGAAGGUGUUUCAGUCAGAGUUCAAGUCUUACUUCUCAUCAGGGAAUCCACACAGGGGAGAAACCUUAUAAAUGCUCAGUGUGUGGAAAGAGCUUCAGUCAGAGCUCAAGCCUGGCAUCCCACCAAGGAAUUCACACAGGAGAAAAACCAUAUAAAUGUUCAGAGUGUGGGAUGGGCUUCCGACAAAGUGCACGCCUUACUUCACAUCAAAGAAUUCACACAGGGGAAAAACCAUACACCUGCUCAGAGUGUGGUAAGAGCUUCAGUCAGAGCUCAAGCCUUAUAUCCCAUCAAGGUAUCCACACAGGAGAGAAACCUUAUAAAUGCACAGAGUGUGGGAAAAGUUUUAUUCGGAAGGAGUACCUUACUUCCCAUCAAAGGAUUCACACUGGGGAGAAACCAUAUGCAUGCCCAGACUGUGGGAAGACCUUCCGUCAGAACUCAAGCCUUACUUCCCAUCAAAGAACUCAUACAGGGGAAAAACCAUAUAAUUGCUCAGAGUGUGGAAAGAACUUCAGUAAGCGGUCAAGCCUUACAUGCCAUCAGAAAAUCCACAUAGGGUACAAACCUUAUAAAUGUCCAGAGUGUGGAAAGAGCUUCCUUUGGGAAUCCAAACUUAAGAGACAUCAAAGCAGUCACAGAGGGGAGAAACCGCAUAAUUGUGUCGAGUGUGGAAAGGGCUUCAGUAACAUCUCAGGCCUUUCUGCUCAUCAAAGAAUACAUGCAGGGAAGAAACCUUUUGAAUGUUUGGAAUGUGGGAAGAACUUCAAUCAGAGCAAUAAACUUACUUCCCAUCAAAGGAUCCAUACAGGGGAAAAACCCUAUAAAUGCUCUGUGUGUGGAAAGGGAUUUAGUCGGCAUGAUACCCUUACUGUGCAUAGUAGAAUCCACACAGGCGAAAAACCCUAUAUGUGCUCAGAGUGCGGAAAGGGCUUCAGUCUGCAUUACUGCCUUAUUUUGCAUUGCAGGAUCCACAAAUCACAUAGUGGCAUGCAGACUGGGAAUCAUCCAUAUACAUGUUCAGAGUGUGGAAGGAGUUUCACUCGCAGGUCAUACCUUGUUUCCCAUGAAAGAAUCCACACAGGAGAGAAACCCUUUAAGUGUUUGAAGUGUGGAAUGAGCUUUAUAUCCAGGAGAACCCUUUCUUCUCAUGAAAGAAUUCACACUGUGGUGAAACUCUAUAAAUGCUCAGUAUGUGGAAAGGACUUCAAUCAGCAACAUUCCCUCACGGUUCAUAGCAGAAUCCACACAGGGGAGAAACCUUAUAAAUGCUCAGUGUGUGAAAAGAGCUUCAGUAGAAAUGAUAUCCGUGCUCGGCAUAACAGAAUCCACACUGGGGAAAAGCCGUACGAAUGUUACGAAUGUGGAAAGAGCUUCUAUGACUGUUCAGGCCUUACUUCCCAUCGAAGAAUCCACACAAGGGAAAAACCAUUUAAAUGCUUUGAGUGUGGCAAGACCUUCAGUCACAGCUCAAGUCUCACUUCCCAUCACAGCAUUCACACAAGGGGAAACUCUUGCGAGCUCUGAAUGUGGAAAGCAUUUCAAUCAGAUUUUUUAAUAGUUAUUUUCUAUUGUAGAAUUGUUAUUGUCAGUGCAUAGAAAGCUAAAAUAAUUUCAAUCAGAUAACAAACCUCAUUUUUCAUCAGUUGCCCAAGAGAGACUGUUUAUAUUCUUGAAAUGUGGAAAGAACUUCAGACACAAAAUAGCCACCGUGAUUAGCAAGCUUAGAAAUACUCAAAUUGUAGCAAGAGCUUUUCUGAUUGAUUUCUUGAUAUACCUUAACAAAUCCAAGAAUGAGGAAUACCAUUAAUAUGCUUAGAGUGUUGUUAUAUUGGUUUGGCAUCAUUCAAAGUCCAGUAGUCUGUGCUCAUUUGUAUAUUUAUUCUAAAACACACAUUGGCACAUUAGCUGUUAGACAAAUCAAUUUAAAAGUUAAAAUGCGAAGUAGCAGAAUAUUAUGAGUUUAAAAGAAUAAUAAACACAUUUUCAAACAGCAUAAAAUAAAAUACACUGAAAUUGGACAGACUUGUUUCUUGAUUAUCCUGGUGCUGAACCAAUAUCAAUGAUUCAAAUUUUAAGAGCAGAUAAACUUUGAGGUUGCUCCAGAAACAACUGAUCCAGAAUGUGUCCUGAUAUGGACCACAUGGAGAGCACAUAUAAAAAUGGUUUCCUCCAGCUGCACUGGCUCCAGAUCAACAUUGACAUUGGCCAAUAGGUGCUUGUGGUAGGUAGAAGAAGAAGAGUUUGGAUUUAUAGCCCACUUUUCUUUCCUGUAAGUAGACUCAAGGUGGCUUACAAGCUCCUUUCCCUUCCUCUCCCCACAACAGAUACCUUGUGAGAUA